AUGCCGCCACCGCCGCUUCCGCAGCGCCGCGCGACGCGCCCGCGCCCCAUCCGCCGCAGGGUGUUCGUCCGAUCGGCGGACACCCUAGAGGCCAUAAUCGCGUCGGGCCAGGCGACUCUCGCCGCCCGCGCUGCAGCAGCCCUGCAUAGCCCGGCAGUGGGCGCCGGCGAAGAGUCCUUCGCCGCGAGCCCACUCGCACUUUCGCCGGCUCCUUCCUCCCCGGCCUCAUCGCUGCCGGCCAUCGCCUGGCCGGCUAGCUCAGCCGACCCGCGCGCCGCAGAUCCGCGCGCCGCCGACCCGCGCGCUCCCGCGCCCCGCGCCGAUCUCCGCGCCAUGGCGCCUUGCCCCGACCCGCGCGCAGCCGCGCCGUCUGCCGAGUCCCGCACUGCGCCGUCCCGCGCCGACCCGGGAGCGGCCGCGUCCCGCGCUGACGCGAGCGCCGCCCCGCGCGCCGCACCCGCGCCCGCGCCCGCGACCACACCGAUCGCCGCGCCGCGCGCAUCGCUCCAACCCGCCGCGCCGGCGACUCUCUCUCCGUCGCCGCGCGCGCCGCGCUUCCCGGCCCCACAGCACAACAUCGCCGUGGGCCGUUUUCCCUCUCCGCCGCAAAGGAGAGGAGAGAAAACACCGGCCUUCACUCCACCAAAUAUGCCGGCCCUGUCUCCGGAACCCAUGGAGACCGCGCCGGCGAGUGAGCCCGGCCCCUCCUACGCAGCUGCUGCGGCCGCUGCAAAGAGGCCCAAGACGACCCCGUCGGGCACCGCUCCAGUGCGCGCUCCUGCGCCCGCGCCCGCCGCCGCCGCCGCUACCGUCGACCCCAGCAAGACGCCGAAGCCGAAGGCCGCCCGCUACCCUCCGCUGAUCGUGGAGGUGCUGCCGGACUGGCCCACUCACUUUCGCGAGCUGAAGAGGCUCCUCGGCCAUGCUCCCAACGGACGCCCAUUUGGCAAGGGCGUCCGCUUCAUACCAAAGUCGGACCAGGAGUUCCGCGCCAUCCAGCGCUACCUUACGCAGCUGGAGAGCGCCAGCGGAAUCUCCUGGUUCUGCUACUCGCUGCCGGCUGAGAGGAGCCUCAAAGUCGCGAUCCGCGGCCUCCCGGCAAACACAGAGCCGGAGCUCGUCGAGGCAGAGCUGCGCGAACUUGGAUACGUCCCCGAGCACGUGAGGACGAUCCCCGCGCGUCCAGGCAGGCCUGGAUGCCUCAUGUUCGCGCAGCUGCAGCGGACACCAGACAUUACACCGGGCAUAUACGAGUCUGCGUGGCCUGUGCGGGGAACCACGCGGCCAGGGACUGUCCGCGCCCCAAAGAGGAGCCGCCGACGUGCGCCAACUGUGGCGACGCGCACACGGCGAACAACGCCAACUGCCCCGUGUUCCGCAAGGAGCUGCGGAACCGUAGGGCGGGCACUGUCGCGCGCACCGCACCGGCGCGCGCCGCCGCCGCCGCCUCGACAACCGAGGCCGACGCACCCGGCUCGCUCAUGGCUGCCGCCAACCAGCCACAGCAGCAACCGGGCCGCAAGCGCCGCCGCAGACGUGGCAAGCGCGCGCAGCCGCGCCAAGACACGGCGCCGGCCGCGCCACAGCCCUCUGCCAAGCGCCCGACGGCGGCCGCAUCCGCGGCUCCCGCCGCGCCACAGCCUCCCACCAAGCGCCCGACGGCGGCUGCACCCGCGCCGCCCGCCGCCCAGUCCAAGCCCACCGUGGUCGCCGCUCCCGCGAGGGAGACGAAGGCGAAGCGGAAGGGCGCGCCGCGCCCGGCACCUCAGCCGGCCCCCGGCCACUUGGACUCCAGACUUACCAAAGUCAUCGGCACCCUACACCAGGUUCUGAUGGCAAUCCAGGAGCAGCGGGAUCCAGCCCCGCUGAUCCUCGCCUGCAUCAUGGAGCUCUGCAGCUCUGAGUGAGCUCCGUGUGGCAUUCUGGAAU